AUGACUGCGCUGAGUGCGAGCAGCAUGGUCGAGGGCUGCGGGCGGGCGAAUGUGCAAGAGCUUCUGAGGCUUUUGCAGCAUACCGAGUCCGAGACGCUGAGAGCAAACGUCAUCAUGCACCAUGCUGCAAGAGGCCCUCUGAUUGAGGACAGCGAUUUCCACGGCCUUGAUGCCGAUGCAGCAGAGCGCUUGCGAGCUUUGCAAGUUCUGCAGAGCGUCUUGGGUGCUGGCGUUGUCCCAGAAAAAGCUCCCACACCUCCUCCUCCGGCUGCAACGCUACCAUCUCCAAGGCGAGGCGACGAAAUUGCAGUCCACGAGCUCUCAGUUCGCGUGCCCAGGCUGGCGCCCAUACGCCUGCUAGAAGCAGCUGAUAGUGACCAGGCCACCCAAAUCUUCAAAGAGAACGGUCAGAAAGAUCCCUUCGGCUCAAAGGCAUGGCCGUCAGCAUACUUGGUGGCUGAAAGGCUGCUGGGUGAAGAUCUGACUGGCUGCUCGGUCUUGGAGCUGGGGUGUGGCACUGGCUUGGUCUCCAUCGCGGCUGCUUUGCGUGGCGCGAGCCAAGUGCUGGCAACGGACCGCGCAGAGCAGAACCUCGACUGCGUCCGCAAGUCUGCCAGGCUAAAUGGUGCUGAGCUAAAGACGCAGGUGUUCGACGUCAUGUCAAAGGAUCACCUGCCGCCAUCGUCCCAGGGAGCACGCUGCUUCCAUGAGAUCCUUGCGCAGACAGGCGUUCCACAUGCCUUUGGAGAGGUGUUCUCUGAUGUGCUCUACUGGCCAGAAGAGGCCUCCGCACUUCAAGGUCCACUGUCAUUGUGGCCGAUCCUGGGCGGCGACGAGAUGCCGUCACCCUUCCGACUCUUCCGACUCCGACUCGCUGCUCUGACGGCCCAGGUGCAGACAGCAUCACGCUUGUUCUGCGAGGAACCCUUCAUGCUGGUCUUGGACCGGCUCGGGGCUGAAGCCACCUACUCAGAGCCCACCGAGGAGAGCAAGCGACUGGCAUCCAAAGUGCGACUGCCAGAGCACAGCAAAGUCAAGGACAAGUUCAAGACGAAGAUGGCAAAGGAGCUCACACUCCUAAAGUACAGAGUAGACAAAGAGGCUGCACGGCACGAAGAGGUUGAUCCAGAGCUCAUCAAGGAAGGUCCGCCCAUGAAGGUGUUGAUCAUGGACCUCGCUGAAGAGGGCGACCUCACCAAGCGGCUGCUGGGAGGUGUUGAUGCCGCCUCGUCCAAGGUAGAGUCAUUGUUUGGCGGCGUGUUCCGCCUGCUUCAGUCCGCAGAGAAGAGAGCCUCUGGUCUCACCAGUUGGCUCUGGUCCUCGAAGUUUGAUGUCAUGGAGCAUGCCGUGAGGCUGCGAGACCACAACCCUGCGUUGCCGGCCAAUCUCUACCUGAUUUCCAGCGGCGCCUGGCCCCGGACUGAAGCGCCCAUGGACGACGAGGUCAGGAAGCAAGUGUGCGGCAGAAUACGCGAGUCCCUGGAACAGUCUGAGGUGUCGUGGAAGCUGUUCUGUGACACGGAUGGUGACAGGCGACCGUCGCCCUAUACCAUGCUGGCCUAUGGCCUUUGUGACCAGGCCAUUGUGCCAUUGCAUCUCAACAAGGGCGACUUGGACAGGACAGAGACCAUGCUGGGAGUGAUGCAUGAGUUGAGACAACGCGGGGAGAUUCGGACACAGGUUCUGUUCAUUGUUUGGAACUUUGUGAAGGUCCUCAAGGACGAACCUGUCGACUAUCAUGGCACACUGAUCCCAUUUACUCCUACGAAGGUUUGCAUGGACAUUUUGGAGUCGUGCAACGCGCGAUUGUACAGAAGCGCGCAGGAACUAGAGGGUCUUUUCGUGCAUGCGGCAGAGUCUCAGGCGGAUUUCGUCAAAUCCUCCACUGCUGUGCUCCGGGUUUUGGCCGACAACGUGCUGAGACCUUCAGAGGAGUUGGGCAUGCCCGUAGUGGAGAUGGUGAACAGACUAACAGAAAGUGGCAAGAAGACGAUGAAGUUUCAAAGUGGCGACAUCCAGUAUGACACCAAGGGAGAGACCAUCACGAAUGUGAUGGACGGCCUAAAGCAGCUCGAGGACAAGUUCGAGGCCAUGUGCCUCAACUGA